GAAUUUGGUUGGUUAACACGUGUCAAAUCAAUUUCUAACUGGCUAAAGAGACAUAAUUUGCUGGACAUCGGACUGGGUAACAUCUUGAACAGGAGUAACAUCCAGUAGAUAUCAAUUACAGUGGUAUUUUUCCAUCAAGUGCCACCUAGUGCCACCUUCAGCAUGGCAGGUUCAGGAGUAGUAUUGUUUGCAGCAUUAUUAGUUCCAAUUCUAGGUCAAAGUAUACCACCGGGCGCACCUAGUAUUAGUGGUCCUACUUUCAUAAUAAGAGGUCAAGAAAUCUCAUUAAAAUGUACAUCCACUAAUGGAAAUCCAUCACCUACUGUAAAAUGGUUUGAGGGAGACAGAAUGAUUGAUGAUUCUUUUCAACAGUCUGGAAACGUAGUUUCAAAUAAUUAUACUUUUAUUGCUGAAAAAAGGCAUAAUUUGAUUGUCUAUGAGUGUCAAGUCGACAACGAAGUUCUUCAAAAUCCACUGACAUCAACAUGGUUUUUCCAGGUUUAUUCUGCACCAAACACACCUACAAUUACUGGACCAAAUGAAAUAAUUGAUGGGACCUCAUCAACACAUAUAUGUGUUAGUACUGGUGGAAAUCCAAAUCCAGUUAUGACAAUGCGUCUAGGUCAAACUACUUUAACUGCCGCAGAUGGUAUUAUAGAAACAGUUCAAUAUUUGCAAGCAAACGUUUCUUACCUAUUAACACAAACCAUUACAUGGAACCCAAGAUUAUCUGAUAAUGGCCAAACAAUUUUUUGUCAAGUGGACCAUCCUGAGACCAGACCAAACAAUCCACAGAUUGUUUCUCUUCAACUGACAGUCAAAGUGGCUCUAUCUAUUAAUGCACCACAGCUGUUAUAUAAUCCAACCAUCGGAAACAACCUUGUCAUUCAGUGUGUUGUAACUGGAACUGCCACAUCUGUCAGAUGGACAAAAGAUAACAGUCAGUUGAACAUAAAUGGCAACGCCCGCUUGUCCAAUGGCAACACUGGUACCCCAUCUUUAACCAUUAGCAAUGUUCAGUCAUCAGACAAUGGACAGUAUGUCUGUUCUGCUACAGAUGGAUCAACAACAGUCAAUACUAAUGUCAUAACAGUGUCUCCUCAAUCUCUACCAACUGUGACAAUUCAGUCCUCAACUUACACAGGCCAGUAUGGAAACUCAGUAACACUUGUAUGCACAGUGUCUGCUGUACCUUUCCAAACCACCGUUUAUUGGCUGAAAGAUGGUUUUUCUCAGAUAAAUUCUGGAGACAUUGGGUAUUCUGGUAGUACAACCAACAAUCCUUCUUUAACCAUUAACUCGGUGACCACAAAUGACCAGGGAACUUACAGAUGCUUUGCUUCAAAUGUUGUAGGAACCGGUCAAAGUUCGACCACACAACUAACAGUUCAAGGAGGAUUACUUUCUGUGACAAUUGAUCAGACAUCUUUAUCUGCUGUUCUGGGAAGUAACAGUGUCACAAUAGGCUGCACUGUAACUGGGCUACCCUCAGCUUCUUCAGUAUCCUGGACAAAGAACUCUGGAGGUCAAACCACUAAUAUCAACAUCGGCAAUAGCGGAAAAUACCAAGGAGGUUCCGUUAACAACCCAUCCUUGACCAUAUUUAAUGUUGCUCAGAAUGAUGAAGCAAACUAUGUCUGCAGUGCUACUAACAUUGCAGGAACAUCAUCUAGUCAAAAUGCAUUCUUGGAUGUUACUGGAAAUAUACCUACAGUCACUAUUCCAUCUCCAACCUACAGUAUCUUGUAUGGAAACCCGAUUACUAUUGAGUGCCAAAUAACUGCUAAUCCUCAACACACCACUGUAACUUGGCAGAAAGUUAUAAAUGGUGUACCAUCAACAAUUAAUAUAGGAAAUUCAGCAAAAUAUUUCGGUGGCUCAGUCAAUACGCCAUCUCUCACCAUUUCCAAUACUGUGACGUCCGAUUCAGGUGUCUACAGGUGCUCUGCUACAAAUGCGGUUGGAACUGGAACCAGUCAGGAAACAACACUUUCAGUAACAGGCAAUGUUCCUACUGUUAUCAUUGGAUCGUCCAACUACCAAGCUUUAGUUGGUAACAUCAUAACAAUAGGAUGUACAGUUACAGCCAAUCCUUUUGCUCAGUCAGUCUAUUGGGAACGUGAUAUUAAUGGAGUGGUGUCAACAAUAGGUCCAUCCACCAACCCCAGCAAAUAUGGUGGAUCUACAACUGUUAAUCCAUCACUGACAAUUAAUGAUUUGGAUUUCAGUGAUGAAGGAAAUUAUAGAUGUCAUGCUACCAACAUUGUUGGCACUGGUCGAAGUUCUGAAGGAUUUUUGGAUAUUCAAGGCCAGCCCCCAACUGUUGUUGUAACCUUACCAAACUAUGCAGUAGAUUUUGGCCGACAAGUUACUUUAGGCUGUACUGUAACAGCUAAUCCUGCACAAACAAGUGUUAAUUGGAAGAAAAUAAAGAAUGGCGUGGCAACUGAUAUUCUUGUGGCAAAUAGCGGCAAAUAUUCUGGUUCAUCUGUUUUUUCUCCAUCACUUGUCAUCAAUAAUGCAGAUCUCGAUGAUGAAGCUUCCUACGUCUGCUAUGCAACAAACAGUAUUGGUACUGGUCAGAGCACAUCAACAGUUCUAGAUGUUGUUGGAAAUAUUCCAUCUGUUGUGGUACCGCAACAACUAUACAAUGUGGACUAUGGGCAGACUGUGACCUUGACUUGUACGGUGACAGCCAAUCCAGUUCACACUUUAGUCUACUGGCAAAAAAUCCAGAACGGACAACCAACUAAUAUCAAUGUCGUCAGUAGUAACAAAUAUAGUGGAUCAACUGUCAACAUACCAUCUCUAACUAUCAAUAAUGUUGUCCUUAGCGAUGAAGCAUCUUAUGUUUGUUUUGCUACAAAUGGAGUAGGAACUGGACAGAGUUCUCAGACAACUGUAGAUGUUGCUGGAGGUAUUCCAGUAGUAGCUUUAUUAUCAAAUAGUUAUAGCGUAGUGGUCAGUGGUACAGUAACUUUGCAGUGUGUGGUCAAUGCUAACCCACUCCACACAGUUGUACAGUGGCAGAGAGUAGUUGGAGGUCAAACUAUUGAUGUAUCUGUUGGAGGCAAUAACAGAUUGAGUGGUUCCACAGUCAAUUCACCAUCUCUGAUAAUUUCACAAGCUGACUUUGCUGAUGAAGGCAAUUACAUAUGUACUGCUACCAAUGCAGUUGGAAUAGGUACCAGUCAACAAACAUUUUUGGAUGUCAGUGGAACUAUCCCUAUAGUGACUGUUAGCCAGUCCCAGUACAAUGGUGACUAUGGACAGUCCGUCACUUUAGUAUGUACAGUAUCAGCUAACCCACCUGAGACCAGAGUUUACUGGCAACAAUUAAAGAAUGGGCAGAUGACUGAAGUCUCAUUCAAUUCAGGAAAAUAUGCUGGAUCAUCUGUUGGUCAGCCAUCCUUGACCAUCUCUGGACUAGACCUGAAUGAUGAAGGAUUUUAUCAGUGUUUUGCUGAGAAUAGUGUUGGAACUGGAUCUAGUGAUCAAACUUUUCUUGAUGUCCUUGGAAACAUCCCAACAGUCAAUGUCUUGUCAAACACAUACACAGUCAUCCUUGGAAACACCAUUACUCUUGGUUGCGAAGUCAUUGCUACUCCGAAAGAAACCACCGUUUUUUGGCGUAGAAUUGUUAACGGGCAGUUACAAGAUAUUGACCUGAAUUCAAACACCAACAGAUAUAGUGGAUCAACAGUGGACAAUCCAUCCUUGACCAUCAGAAAUGCAGGCAACUCGGAUGAGGGCAAUUAUGUCUGUUAUGCAACAAAUCUGGCUGGAACUGGAUUAAGCAGUCAAACUUUCCUGGAUGUCGUUGGCAGCAUCCCAGUGGUCAGUAUUGUGCAGAGUGCAUACCGUGUAAAUAUUGGAAAUUCUAUAACCUUGGCAUGUUCAGUCUCCGCCACACCACCAGAAACUAACGUCUUCUGGACAAGGGCUUUUGGAAAUCAACAAGAGCAAACAAUACAAAUGUCAAACUCUGCCAAGUAUUCCGGGUCAUCUGUCUCAUCCCCAUCUCUAGUCAUUCUCAGUACAGAUCUUAGUGAUAUAGCUAACUACCGGUGUCAUGCUACAAACAGUGUUGGCACAGGAAGGAGUGAAACUACAACAUUAACAGUUGUUGGAAAUAUACCAAUUGUUACUGUUGAAAAAUCUUCUUACUCUGUCAACUAUGGAGAAAGUGUUACUUUAGUUUGCACUGUGACAGCUGCACCACAACAUACAACUGUCUUCUGGAAGAAAGUUCAAGGAGGUCAAGAAGUUGCCAUUGAUAUGAACACUGCCAAAUACAUUGGAUCUACAGUGAACCAGCCGUCACUUACCAUUGCAAACACUGACAUGAACGAUGAAACAUUUUUCAUCUGUUUUGCUUCGAAUAGUGUAGGAACUGGUCAGAGUUCACAGACAUAUGUUGAUGUACUUGGAAAUGUUCCAGUUGUCCGUGUUUUAUCAAACAGUUACAGUGUGUUAUUGGGCAAUACAGCUACAUUGGAAUGUGUCAUAACUGCUAAUCCCACGGCAACAAUAGUUCAGUGGUACAGAGUUAUAAAUGGACAACAACAGAUUAUUGAUUCAUCAUCGUCUAAUUAUAAUACUCCUACAGUGAACAACCCUAGCUUAAGUGUUCUAAGUGCCCGAAAUAGUGACGAAGGAUAUUACAUUUGCUCUGCCUCUAAUGCUGUAGGAACAGCAUCAUCUGCUCAGACUUUCUUAGAUGUAACUGGAAAUAUCCCUACUGUGACUGUAUCCCUGCCAAACUACAACACUAAUAUUGGUGCUACUGUGACAUUGGGUUGUACAGUGGUAGCCACACCCCCUGCUAAUACAGUUUAUUGGAAGAGAAUCAGCGCUAAUGGCCAGACCAUUGACAUUGAUACAAACAGCAAUAGAUAUGAUGGUGCUUCUAUUACAAACCCAUCACUGGUCAUUUACAAUCCAGACUUGUCUGAUGAAGGCAACUACGUUUGCUAUGCCUCCAAUGCAAUAGGAACGGGAAACAGUCAACAAACAUUCUUGGAUGUUACAGGAAAUAUCCCAAAUGUCAAAGUUCUGCAGAGUUUGUACACUGUCAACAUCGGACAAACUGCCACCCUGGAAUGUACCGUUACUGCUUCACCCCAGCAUACCACUGUUUACUGGCAGAAGGUAAUUGGUGGUGUCGCUACAACAAUCUCUACUUCAAGUUCUAAUAGAUAUUCAGGAUCAACUGUCAAUACUCCAUCUCUGACAAUCAGUGCUUCUCAGUCCGGUGAUGAAGCUUAUUAUGUAUGUUUUGCUACCAAUGAAGUUGGAACUGGUCAGAGUUCUCAGACAUACCUUGAUAUCAUUGGAAGUAUUCCAAUUGUUAACAUUGGCUCCAACUCAUACAAUGUAAACUAUGGAAACUCUAUCACAUUGGUGUGUACUGUGACAGCCAAUCCAAUCCAUAAUUCUGUAUCUUGGACCAAGAUCCAAAAUGGAGUACAGACUGCAAUAAAUAUUGACGGUAGUAAAUACUCUGGUGCUACUAUAUCACAGCCAUCCUUGGUAAUAAGUAAUGCAGGCAAUUCUGACGAGUCUUUCUAUGUCUGUUCUGCUACCAACAGUAUUGGAAAAGGUCAAAGUUCACAGACAUACUUGGAUGUUGUUGGAGAUAUUCCCGUUGUCCAAAUCUUGUCUAACUACUAUAGUGUAGAAAUUGGUCAGUCAGUAAAUGUGGAAUGCGAAGUUCAGUCUGACCCACUUCACAAUUCUGUACAGUGGAAGAGAGUACUUAAUGGUGUAACCCAAAACCUUGAUAUAUCUAACGGCAACAAAUACAUUGGAGGAACCAGAAACAGGCCUUCUUUAACAAUUCAAUCCACCGCUGAUAGUGAUGAAGGUUAUUACAUCUGCACAGCCACAAAUGCUGUUGGAACUGGCUCUAGCUCACAGUCUUAUGUUGAUGUCACUGGCAGUGUUCUCUCUGUGAAUGUUCCUCAACCCUCUUACAGUGCCAACUAUGGCCAGAGUGUACAGUUAGUUUGUUCUGUAUCUGGUAAUCCUCCAGCCACCUCCGUCUACUGGCAAAAGGUCAAGAACGGUGUCGUUACAACCAUCUCAUCAAACACAAAUCCCAGUAAAUACUCUGGCGUUUCACUAAGCACACCAUCACUGACUGUUCUGAACACUGACGCUGAUGAUCAGGCAGUUUACACUUGUUUCGCUGAAAAUGCCAUUGGUAGAUCUCAGAGUCAACAGACACAACUACAGAUUGUUGGAAGUGUUCCAUCUGUAACAAUAGGACAGGGAUAUACUGUUAACCUUGGCAGUUCUGUUACUAUCCAGUGUACUGUUUUCGCAACACCAUCAGCUUCUUCUGUUACAUGGAAGAAGAUAAGUUCAAAUGGAGCUGAAUCCUUCAUCAAUGUGGCAAAUUCUGUCAAAUACAAUGGUGGAACAGUCGGAACUCCAUCCCUGACAGUUCUAAAUGCUGGUGACAGUGAUGAGGCUUACUAUGUUUGCUCUGCUACAAAUGCAGCUGGAACAGGAACCAGUGCACAGUCAUUCUUAGAUGUUCUUGGAAGUCUCCCUAGUGUCACCGUUCCUCAACCACAGUAUAGCGUCAUUGUCGGAAACGACCUCACAAUUCAGUGUAACGUUGAUGCCAACCCUGCACACACAAGUGUCACAUGGAGAAAGAUUGUCAAUGGACAACCAACCCAACUUAAUAUUGCUGGUCGUAUCAGUGGAUCAACAGUCAAUAACCCAUCAAUCACCAUUACUAGUGCCAUUGCUGGUGAUGUUGGAUAUUAUGUGUGUUAUGCUACCAAUAGUGUAGGAACAGGUUCAAGUGCACAGACCUACUUGAAUGUUGUUGGAAGUAUCCCAGUUGUGACAGUUUUGUCCACAAGUUACUCUGUCAACAUUGGUAACCCCAUCACACUACAGUGUACUGUUUCUGCCAACCCUGCUGCCACCGUUGUUAUGUGGCAAAGAAUUGUCAACAAUCAGGCUGUCAACGUAGACAUGAACAGCGGCCGUCUAACUGGAAGUACUGUCAGUUCACCAUCCCUGGUGGUCAGUAAUGCUGCUGGUACUGAUGAAGGAUACUACAUUUGUAUGGCUAGCAAUAGUGUAGGAACUGGACAGAGUCAACAGACUUUCUUGGAUGUUGUUGGAAGUAUUCCAACAGUAAAUGUACCAGUCCCAAAUUACACUGUUAACCGUGGAGCAUCUGUCACACUGGAAUGUCAGUACACUGCCAACCCAGCCGCUACAUCUGUCACAUGGGAGAAAGUUGUCAAUGGACAAGCUACAGAUGUCAUCCUAACUAAUGUCAAUAACAAAUAUGGUGGUUCUUCAAUCUCCUCUCCAUCUUUAAUUGUCAACUCCGCUGAGGAAUCUGACCAGGCCAGCUAUAUCUGUAGAGUCACCAACCCUAUUGGAACAGGAAUUAGUACAGCUACUAACCUUGAUGUUGUAGGAAACAUCCCAGUCGUAACUGCCUCUCCAUUGGCCUACUCAGUCAACAUCGGUGAAUCUGUAACCGUACAAUGUAGUGUUGUAGCAGAUCCUCUUCACACCCAGGUUUACUGGAGAAAGAUCGUUGGUGGAACCACUUCUAAUAUAAAUGUUCUCAAUAGUAAUGGCAAAUAUGAUGGAUCAACUGUCGGAGGUCCAUCUUUAAUCAUCAAUAAUGCUGCAUUCGGUGACCAAGGAACAUAUGUAUGUUAUGCUACAAAUAGUGUAGGAACUGGCCAGAGUACACAGGUUGUUGUAGCUGUAGCUGGAAGUGUCCCUAGUGUAACCCUCUCACAGACCUCAUUCUCUGCAAGCUAUGGUGAUGAUACCACACUUGGAUGUAUUAUUUCUUCCAACCCUACCUACACUUCUGUUUAUUGGCAGAAAAUUGUGACUGGAGAGACACCUACCACCAUUGAUGUGUCUAAUACUGCUAAAUAUUCAGGGUCUACCGUUGCCAAUCCAGAUCUUACUAUUAGGAAUAUAGGAAGUGGCGACAUUGCUAAUUAUGUCUGUUUCGCAGCCAACUCAGUUGGAACUGGAAGGAGUAACCAAGGACCUCUCAAUGUCGUUGGCAGUCCACCAACAGUUAGAAUCAGUCAGACAACAUACACCGUCAACAUUGGAAACACUGUUACCAUUGAUUGCUCUGUGAUCUCUAACCCAACUCAUACAACUGUCUUCUGGACCCGUCAGACUCCUGGUAACCAGGAAGAAACCAUCACAAUAGGUGGUAGCCUUACAACAAAAUAUGGAGGAGGCAGUGUAGUUUCACCAUCUCUGAUCAUCUAUAAUUCUGAUAACAAUGACCAAGGCACUUACAUUUGUCAUGCUACAAAUCUUGUUGGAACAGGUCAAAGUUCACAGGCUUUCCUCAAUGUUGUCGGAAAUGUACCCACUGUCACUGCAACAACUGUACAGUCAGCACGUGUUGGCAGCUCUGUCAUCAUUACAUGUACCAUUGUUUCAAACCCAGCAGCUAUUGAUGUGACUUGGGCUAAAUAUAUCAACAACCAACCUACUCCAAUCGAUAUUAUCAACAACAACCGUCUGAGUGGUGGUACAACUACCAAUCCAUCAUUGACCAUUAAUCCCGUAGAACAGGACGAUGAAGGAAAUUACAUCUGUCAGGCACGAAAUGAUGUAGGAACUGGAUCUAGUAACCAAGUCUAUCUAGACAUUAUUGGAGACCCACCAUCAGGAAUUACAAUCAACCCAGCAAAGAUUGUGAUCGAGGAAGGACAAACUAUCAGUGCCACAUGCUUGGCACAGGGAAGUCCAUCAAUUAUAUACACAUGGUACAAAGAAGGAUCCAUUACUGUUAUUAAAACUGGCAAUAUCUUAGAGAUUAACAACGCUCCAAGGACAGCUUUAGGAACCUACACAUGUAGAGCCUCUAACAACUAUGGUUCUAUGGAAGCUACAACUAUUGUUGAUGUGCAAUAUGCACCAGUUGUUGUAAUUUCCCAAACAACAUCUUCAUUUGAUGGACAGGGGAGACAAUCCAUUAAUAUCCCAUGUUCUUAUAUGUCCAACCCUGCAGCUACCAGCGUGUUCUGGACCAAAUACAAUCCAGUAGCAGGUACAAACUCUGGAAACACCAACCUCAUUGAAAUUGAUGGUAACAAAUAUCAGGGGGCUAAUUUGAACAGCCCAAGUUUGACCAUUUACAAUUUGGACAGAUCUGAUGCCGGAUCUUACAGAUGUUCAGCCGCAAACAUCAUUGGACAAGGAGAAUCUAAUUACGUCACUUUGAAUAUUGACACAAAUGCUGCACCAUCAUACAUCAGAAUAAGACCAUCACAAGUGACCGUUGAAGAAGGCAAUGGAUACACCUUGACCUGUGAGGCCGAUGGUGACCCAUCACCUUUGUAUGAAUGGUACUACAAAGAUGUCAAGAUACAUGAAGGCCCUGUUCUUACAAUCAGCAAUGCAGCUUAUAAUAACAACGAUGGAUUACACACCUGUAAAGCUACCAAUGUUGUCGGAAGCAGACAGGCCACUGUUGAUGUUGAUGUCAAAUAUGCACCAAUUAGUGCAGUAGAUCAAGCCAGUUUCAAUCCAGGUUUAAAUAAUGCUGUAACAUUGAGAUGUAAUACAUUAGCUAAUCCAUCAUCUACUCAUUGGGUAUGGAAAUACAAUGGAUUUGACUUAGACUUCACUGAAAAAAAUUACCUAGUAGACAUGGACAGCACAUCUGAUGUUGGCAAAUACACCUGCAUUGCCUUCAAUGAAGUUGGACAGUCAGCUGAGAUCGAUUUUACAGUUGAACUUGCUGAUCCUCUUACCCCAGCUCCAAAGAUAGUUGAGACUACCGUAUCUGCUGGUUUGACAGGAGGAGAGAUUGCUGCUAUCUGUCUGGCUGUAUUGUUUGGUAUCCUACUUAUUGUUAUCAUCAUCGUCUGCUGUGUUGUACAAGGAUGUUGUGGUCGUAAGCGGGAGAAAAAAGAACGUUACAUUGAACGUGAAGUUAUUAGAACUGAAAUGCCUUAUAGACAAGAAGCUAUUCCAGUUGUGAAAGAGCCAUCUGUUGUGUCUGUUAGAGAAGUUACACCAAGAAUCGGUUAUAUGGAAUCUGUAAGAGAAGUACCCAGAAUAAGCUAUGUAGAUGAUAGCUACAGGUACAUGAGCACUCAAUCUCGCCCUUAUUACUUGCCAGUCGUAGAAGCUACUUAUGACGAUGAGGAGUACCGUAAACAAAAGAAGAAGAAGAAGAGCAAGAAGAAUAGGAUGUACGGACAAGACCUUGCCGCUGAUAAUGAAAUCUAUCUUGAAGAGAGAGUUGUCGGCUCAGUCAGGGGUUCUCGUAAAGGAGAUGAAAUCAUCACUGGACCAGAAAUGUACUUUGAAGCCGAGUAAAUAAGUUAUAUCUAGGACCUUAACAAAUUUUUUCAUUAUGUAUAAUGUAAUUUAGGUUCAGACUUGGAAUUUACAGAGGUGUCUUUGGGAGAGUGUUCGUUUGGAGCAAAGGACAUGUGUAAUAAAGUGCUAGAAUCUCAUUUAAAUAGUACUAAUAAUAAAUCAGGUUUAUAUAUAAGUGUUGUAACUGAAAGGAAUGGUAUGCAAAAGUUCUGAGUCAAAUUAACAUUGUGUAGAUUAUUUAGUACUUAAUCACCAUGUAAAUUGUAAAUUUAUUGUUAGUUUUUGGUCAAAUGUGAAUAUGCAUAAUAUUAACUGGUUGUUCUCCUGUUCAGUUUGAUAGGAGACAUAUACAUUUGUUAUUAUAUGACACUUGUUAUUUUGAAAUCCAUUUUGUAUAGAUAUAUUUUGUUAUAAAAGUUUUGAAUAUUAUUUUUUUCAUCAAAGUUUACAUGAAAAUCAAAAUUGUUUUACAUGCAUUUGUAAAUUGUUAUAUUUUUCUAUUUGCACACAAAUUUAUAUAAAAUCAUAAUUUUACAACAGAAAAUAAAACAUAUAUCACCACAAA